AUGCAUUUAAAAAGUUUUGAGGAUUAUCAGAAAUAUAAUGUUGGGGAUUUUGUUAUGCAAGAUAUAUUUCUUGUCUCAGAACCAAAACGUUAUUUUAAAAGAGAGCGUGAAUUUCAAUUAUUUUUAUUUGAAUCCAACAUUGUUUUUACAAAAAGAGAAGAAUUAUCUUCAAAAAAGACUGGUUAUGUAUUUAAAGAUUCUAUGUUGAUUUUUGAAAAGCUUGGACCUGUUCUAUACUCUGGGUUUGAUUUAUGGGACUGGGCCGGAUUCUGGGCCCAGGAAAUACUGGUCCGGAUCCCAGGCCCAAUAAAAGCCCCAGGGAGGUCAAAAAAUGCCUGGGCCUCGACCUGGGUACAAGAAAAACCCAUGCUUUUGGAGCGAGGCUAAACAAAAAGUCUUUUCGUUU